UAUGAGUAAAUGCAGUAAAUUAUGGCUCUACGAGGAGAAAUUUCCAGUUUAACAAUGAAAAAUACAAUAUUUCAAGAUAAUUACAAUAUUGACAGAAGAUGGUGUUUUUCUGAAAAUGAAAGUAUAACGAAAAAUGAACUUUUAAAUAUAGGUGAUAUAAUUGAAGAAACUAAUAUAAAAAAAAAAGUGGAAGACAAUAGUUAUGUAAGUGAAAUUAAACUUAUCGACAGAGCAUGGCGUUUUUCUGAAAAAGAAGAUAAUAGAAAAACUGAGCUUUUAAAAUCAGAUGAUACAAUAAGAGAGACCGUUUUCAUAAAAAAGGAAGCACUAAUUGAUAAUUGUACUUCUGAAGGUGAUGUAAAUAAAGAAACCAAUAUAAAAAGGGAAGUAGAAAACGAUAAACUUGCAAGUGAAAGUGGAUUUAUUGACAAAACAUGGGGUUUUUCUAAAAAAGAAGAUAGUAGAAAAACUGACCCUUUAAAAUCAGAUAUAAUAGAAAAGGAAGUACUAGAUAAUAUUUCUGCAGUACAUGCUGAAGUCAAAGAAAAGGCAUUCAAAUGUAAAACCUGUGGUCAAAAAUUCACUAGAAAAUAUCUGCAUGGUAUAACAGAAAAAGCGGAGCUUCAGAGGGUGUAUACUAGAUGCAAUAAGGAACAGGCAACGCUGACUAGUGGUCACAUGACAACUUGCGCCAGGGUGUCAGCUGUGUUUGUUGAUGUAGCAAUUCAUAUCUAAAAUAAAUAAAUACCUAAUGAAAUUGUAAUUUAUUUAUAUUUAAUGAUUUAAAUAAUUAAAAAGUUUGUAGUGAAGUUUAAUAAUUAAUAAUGGAUUUUGGUACUAUGAAAUAUUCCGGAGUAAGGUUUUCUCUACAAAAAUAAAUAAAACAGAAAUAAAAAAUAUUGCAGUAUUUACGUGAUUAGUGCAAAGAGCGCAAAAUUUCGACACUUAGAAGUCUAUUCCAUAAAUUCAAGAUCUUGAUCUAACAAUGAAAACAUUUUAAUUACUUGCAAUAAUAAUUUGGGUGACAACUUUGAAUAAUAUCACAGCUGAAACCCUGGGAGUAGUUAUAUUAAUGACAACGAGAUCGCGUAGCACCACGAACCACUUACCAUUUGCAGCGUGGUUAAGGGCAAAAUUUGUUUUUUAAGAAAAAGCACAUUCAAGCCGGUCCUGUGUAUGAGUUGGUAACAUGGUAUGCACUGCAAUAAAAACUGCAGCUGCAUACAUCAAUGGAGAAUUAAAUAAGUUGUGCCGGUUAUUGUACGUCUAAGAUAAACAACAACAAUUGACACAUAAUGUUUAGACGCCUAUCGCGAUAAAAAUGAAUUAAAUAAGUACAUUCGUUCAUCGCUGAUAGCAUUCAUCACUGUAUAAAUUAUACAUCAACAUGUAUUACGAGCACAAAAGAAAAAAAAAAAAUGUUGGUUAUGAAAGCAUUAGGUAAACGAGUUGGUAUUAUUUGGAUAAUCGAAAUUUUAAAGGCAAAUUCCCAUCACCAUUUUAUGGGUGGUUUGCCGAUAGCCCUUAUCAUCCCACUAGAAAAAAUUAUUUACUGAUUUUUAUUUGCACUUAUCGAGGAGUCAUUGGUUCUGAAAACAAUAUUCCUAAACAUAUCUGCAUACAUACGUGCUACAAAAAUUGUUCGAAAUUAGAACCCCGUGGUAGAAGAUAGGCUUCGAUACGUUUAUUGAAAUCAUUUCUGAAUCGCGCAAAAACGUCCGGUAUUUAGCGUAUUUCAUUUGCAGCGAUCAUCACGCGGUCAUACAGAUCAUUACGGUUAUGCACUGCGAGGGGGUGCAAUAAAAUAAUGUCCGCACAGUUAGAAAGAUGUAUCUACCACAAGCGGGUUUGCGUCACACCAAUAGUGAUCAUUGUAAAUGUUCAGAAUUCCCCCCGCGUGAAACAGCAUUUGUAAAUAACACUCUAUGGAAAAAAUUAGGUUCUGCAGCACUUUCUGAAGCCAUACACAAAUCUACUUGCGACCGAAAAUCAAUUUCAAGCAAGGCUUGCACUUGCUGCAAGUUAUAUUCUGCAGUGACAUAUUAAUGUAUAUCAAUGGAUGUUGCUGCAUUGCUAAAUUAGUUUAUUGGACUUCGAUUGACUAAAUUCAGGGUUGAUGCUACUAAUUACUAUUUGGUUUAAAACGGCGUUGCAUUGUCGCAUUUUUUUCCAUAGCCGGAAUUACAUUUGCCUAUUAGAGUACCAUAAUAAAUAAUUCCUGCUUUAGGUAUUUUGAUUUCAAGUGGUACAUUUUCUGAAAGUAACCAGUUUUUAAUUUUUUUUAUUCCAUGUCAAUGUAAAUAAGUAAAUUGUAGAAAUUAUGUAAUGUCUCAAAGCUCAACUGCAUGUGUUACAUUCGUUGCCAACUUAAGUGAAAGAUCUUCAUAAACAUAUUUUAUCAUUACGUGUCAAUCAGGAUUCAAAGGCGAGCGUUUGUUUACUCUUUGAAGAUAUUCAGUUAAAUUCUGAUAUUCAUAAGACUUCAAAAUAAACAAUACAAAUAUUGUGGGAUUGUCGCAAAGAAAAUAUAAUGUGUUGUUUUUAUUGUAAAUUUAUACCUAAAUUAGUGGGUGUUAAAAUGUGUAUCUGAAUCUAUACAUCUAACAUACAAUAAUAAAUCAUGAUAGUACCUUGAUACCUCCUCAAUUAAUGGUAAUUACUAGGCUUCGGAUAAUUAUGCAUUAAAAAAUGGGUGCGUGUACUUAUGUACGCGCGUGAGAAGUUAUACUUCUUUGGCAUCAUUAAAAAUAGAAA